AUGUCGCUGAGCAGGCGAGGUCUGGGGAUUGUCCACUUUGAGCUUAUCUACAUCGAGACCUUGUUCUCUGGCCUCAAGAAAUUGCCCCAUUUCACACCGAUUUGCCAUCAAGGAAAUCUCACUGGACCUGAAAAAACGCGAGAUGCUGCCUUCAAAAUCCUGAACCCUAAGGCUGUUCCCAAAUUCUUCCGACUUAACAGUCACAACGCCAUACUUGAAUUCCUGUUGGAGGGAACACCAGAGAUAAAGGAGCACUACAUUGACUCUAAGAAGGAUGUGGACCGACACCUGAAGUUCAGCUGUGAGCAGUUUAUUCAGCAGCAGACUCAGAUCUUUGUGGGGAACCUUGAGGAGUUUCUCACCAAGGUUGCAGCUCUUAAAACUAUGGCUAUCCAAGGUGGUCCCACGUACAGUCUGUCUCAGCAACCUUGGGCACAGCCAGCAAAGAUCAACGAUAUAGUGAUGGCUACCUACCGCGUGAUGAAGAGCAAGCUGCCAAGCACUUUACAGAGCAUGUCCUUGUACUUGGCCAAUAGAGACACAGAGUUCAUCCUUUUCAAGCCUGUCCGGAAUAACAUCCAGCAGGUAUUCCAAAGACUGCACGCUUUGCUUCAGGAGGAAUACAGUGGAGAAGACCUUCAAAUCAUUGCAUGUCCAUCUAUGGAGCAGAUUAACCUGCUGCUGUCUGUGAAUAAGUAAUGUGGGGUGUAAGGAUGCUGAUUUAACUGCCUCUGGAUAGUGAUGGGCUGCUCCAGCGCCGGCCAUGACCAGGAGCUUUGAGGUUGAGUGGGCGAGAUGACCAGAAGACUGCACCUGAGCUGCAUGCUGGACCAGGAGAACUGAACCAACAGCAAAAAAAAGAAAAUCAGCACAGGGCCAAAGAAUUUCCUAUAGAAACUCAAGUAGCUACAAGUAUGAAGGGGGUUCAGGUGAAGUCUACACACAAACUGGGAAGUGGAGAUUAUCCUCUGGGGUACUGAGUUGAUCAUUUUGUUUGACUAAAAUUAAAUGUGGUGUUGGGGGUUUUAAGGUUGCUUUGUUGUAGAACAAAUCCAUUUUGAAAAGGGUGGAUUUGAGAUUACAGUUGCAUCUCUCUGUAACCAAAUCGAAUUUGCACACUCUGUGAUGGUGGGGUGCAGGCAGCAGCGCUUCAGGUGCACAAAUGGAGCCACUAAGCAGUCGCUCAUCAGCGCAGGUAGCUAACAGCCAGUAAAAGGGGCUCACAUUCAGAGCUCCCUUGAGUGGUUUGGAAGGGUAAGAGAAAAAUGCUGCAAAAUGUUUUAUUCAUCUAUUUUAAACUGUAAGAGUCUUUGUAACACAGUUAAGAGAAAUAUGAUGACCUGUAGUACGUGUGUCUCAGAUCCAACAAAGUUUUCCCCUCUAA